AAGGCGGGCAUAUUCAAGACAGAUUUUGGCGUCUCCGCGCUGAAACUAUACCACCAUAGAAAACAGCCGAUCGAGCGAAACACCUCCUAGCGGUCUAAGGCUGAUCCUGUCUGGUAUGAUAUUUCGUCCAGACAGUCUACAAAUACUGAAACAAACAAACCGAUUGUGCGGCGGCGCACAAUCACGGCCGGUUGUGAACCAGGGUGUCUGUGGGGACGCCUCCAGCACUGAGACGCAGUGCCUUACACCGCUGCGCUACUCGGGAGUCUUCUCUUAACAAGAUGGGUCACUAUUCUGAUAAUUGCUCUCAUGACUUGGAUACAUUUUGGGAUGAGUUGAGAAACAAAUGUGUGCCAUGUCAUCAACAUCCACAGCACCCGAUCCGACCAGGGUACGAAUUUAGUCCAAACUGUGGCAGGCAUGAUGAUGGGGGGAAGUCGGAAGGACCGUAUCGACCUUGUGCCGCCCAGACCUUCAAUAAUGGGAGAUCCGUGACCUGCCAACCCUGUUCUAGCUGCCCCCAAAAUUAUCAAAAGCUGUCCGAAUGCAACGCAACGACAGACACGCAAUGCUGCGAAUCGAGGGACCAGACAGGCUGUUGGAAGGAAGCCCUGGGUACUACGACUCAACAGGUGCAACGGUCAACAACGUUAAGGGUCCAAAUGUCAACAUCAAAUCCCACCACAGCCAAACACAUUGAUUCGUUUGCAACUGAACAUGUCAACCAUCAGACUGCAUGGAUAGUGCUUACAGUCAUCUUGGUUCUCUCUGUACUUGCAUUUCUCUUAUUCAUCUAUAUUAAGAAGAGAAGGAGAAGACCAAGAGCCUUUUGGCUCAGAGAUAAGGAUAAUAAGCCAUGCUUUAAGGUCAACCUUAACUGCCUCCCAUCAGACAAUAUCCUGUAUACCAACCAACAGUCACGGAGCAGUAGGAGAACAGCAGCUGUCAAUGAAGAGGUUGCUCUCCUACAGUCAGAGACAAGGAGCCUAGAGGACAUUUUGAGUCCUGACAUCCAGUCGGCGCCGCUGCAGACGGUUCUGGACAACCUGGACGUUCUAGAGGAGCUUGUGAUCCUGCUGGACCCGGAGAUCCCUGGGGUGAAGAACACCAGGCACCUAGCAUCUCGCUGCUCCUUCCCCGCCACCUGGAUUACCUACACCUACUCCCUGAGGGACAGCAAGAGCCCCCUGAGGGCUGUGCUGGAGGGGAUCACCACCAAGCACCCAGACUGGACUGUAGGACAAUUGGCCAGGCUGCUGAGAGAGAUGGACCGGAACGACGCAGUGGCGGUGCUCACCAAGCUCGCCUUGCUUAAGGUUGUCUAGUCCGGGUGUGUUUUGUGUUGGGCCCGGAAAAGAUGGCACCAUCCAGAUACAACCACGAGUCUCUACCACCUGCCAAGGCACUGAGAUAUAACAAGAGGGCCAGUAGGAGGCAUGCUUUCCAAAGUCCCAAGGCAGUGAUUGGCAACACUGUUCUUUUGCAUUAGGGUUCAAAUAAGAUAUUUAACUGUGAUAACAUGGCACUUAUUACUUAAAGCAGAGAUGUUAACCCCGGUGUCCUGAAAACGAAGAGUUGCACACUCUAGUAGCUCAGAUGCAAUAAUGUCAUGACCUAAUAACCAACGUUUCGACAGACAAGCUGUCUUCAUCAGGGUAUAAUGACAAACACGGUGGGGUGAUUAGUUUAUAUAGCGUCAAAGGACACACACGUGUCUGUAAUCAUGACCGGGUGUGGCUUGAUAUCAUUGGCUCCUUUUCAGAUAUACAGUGGGGCAAAAAAGUUUUUAGUCAGCCACCAAUUGUGCAAGUUCUCCCACUUAAAAAGAUGAGAGAGGCCUGUAAUUUUCAUCAUAGCUACACUUCAACUAUGACAGAAAAAAUGAGGGGGAAAAAAUCCAGAAAAUCACAUUGUAGGAUUUUUUAUGAAUUUAUUUGCAAAUGAUGGUGGAAAAUAAGUAUUUGGUCACCUACAAACAAGCAAGAUUUCUGGCUCUCACAGACCUGUAACUUCUUCUUUAAGAGGGUCAUCUGUCCUCCACUCGUUACCUGUAUUAAUGGCACCUGUUUCAACUUGUUAUCAGUAUAAAAGACACCUGUGAACAACCUCAAACAGUCACACUCCAAACUCCACUAUGGCCAAGACCAAAGAGCUGUCAAAGGACACCAGAAACAAAAUUGUAGACCUGCACAAGGCUGGGAAGACUGAAUCUGCAAUAGGUAAGCAGCUUGGUUUGAAGAAAUAAACUGUGGGAGCAAUUAUUAGGAAAUGGAAGACAUACAAGACCACUGAUAAUCUCCCUCGAUCUGGGGCUCCACGCAAGAUCUCACCCCGUGGGGUCAAAAUGAUCACAAGAACGGUGAGCAAAAAUCCCAGAACCACACGGGGGGACCUAGUGAAUGACCUGCAGAGAGCUGGGACCAAAGUAACAAAGCCUACCAUCAGUAACACACUACGCCGUGUCAGGGACUCAAAUCCUGCAGUGCCAGACGUGGCCCCCUGCUUAAGCCAGUACAUGUCCAGGCCCGUCUGAAGUUUGCUAGAGAGCUUUUGGAUGAUCCAGAAGAAGAUUUGGAGAAUGUCAUAUGGUCAUAUGAAACCAAAAUAGAACUUUUUGGUAAAAACUCAACUCGUCGUGUUUGGAGGACAAAGAAUGCUGAGUUGCAUCCAAAGAACACCAUACCUACUGUGAAGCACGGGGGUGGAAACAUCAUGCUUUGGGGCUGUUUUUCUGCAAAGGGACCAGGACAACUGAUCCGUUUAAAGGACAGAAUGAAUGGGGCCAUGUAUCGUGAGAUUUUGAGUGAAAACCUCCUUCCAUCAGCAAGGGCAUUGAAGAUGAAACGUGGCUGGGUCUUUCAGCAUGACAAUGAUCCCAAACACACCACCCGGGCAACGAAGGAGUGGCUUCGUAAGAAGCAUUUCAAGGUCCUGGAGUGGCCUAGCCAGUCUCCAGAUCUCAACCCCAUAGAACAUUUUUGGAGGGAGUUGAAAGUCCGUGUUGCCCAGAAACAGCCCCAAAACAUCACUGCUCUAGAGGAGAUCUGCAUAGAGGAAUGGGCCAAAAUACCAGCAACAGUGUGUGAAAACCUUGUGAAGACUUGCAGAAAACGUUUGACCUCUGUCAUUGCCAGCAAAGGGUAUAUAACAAAGUAUUGAGAUAAACUUUUGUUAUUGACCAAAUAGUUAUUUUCCACCAUAAUUUGCAAAUAAAUUCAUUAAAAAUCCUACAAUGUGGUUUUCUUUUCUCAUGUUGUCUGUCAUAGUGUACCUAUGAUGAAAAUUACAGGCCUCUCAUCUUUUUAAGUGGGAGAACUUGCACAAUUGGUGGCUGACUAAAUACUUUUUUGCCCCACUGUAUAUAGAACAUACAAAAACAUGAAUGGAUAGCAUGCGAUCAUAGAUACAAUUUUGCUAUAUCGGCCUACAAACAUAUACAAUGAAUAGCAAAAUCACAAUAAUGGCUUCAAAUCAAAGUCUAGGCAGCCUCUCGUUUUAACAAUAAAUUGUCGAGCCCCCC